AUAAUGUAAUCGUCGGCCUCCUCCACAGACAAAAAACACUCAGACCGACCCAAAAAAAAAACUGAGAGAUCAGUUGGAGAGAUGAUAACUGGGAAUGAUUUCUACAAGGUCAUGUGUGCAAUGGUUCCCCUAUAUUUCGCAAUGCUGGUAGCAUAUAGCUCAGUGAAAUGGUGGAAGAUAUUCACUCCCGAGCAGUGCUCAGGGAUCAACCGGUUCGUGGCCGUCUUUGCGGUUCCGGUGCUGUCCUUCCACUUCAUAUCUCUGAACAAUCCCUACCAAAUGGACACCAAGUUCAUACUGGCCGACACUCUCUCUAAGGUUGUAGUCCUUGUCUUGCUCUCACUGUGGGUAAUCUUCUUCAAUGGCAGCUUGGAUUGGCUCAUCACUCUCUUCUCUGUGGCUACUUUGCCCAACACACUCGUCAUGGGAAUUCCUUUACUCAAAGCCAUGUAUGGAGAUUUCACUCAGAGCCUCAUGGUGCAGGUGGUUGUGCUUCAAUGCAUCAUAUGGUACACACUCUUGCUCUUCCUCUUCGAAUACCGAGCCGCUACCCUACUGAUUCAAUCCAAGUUUCCGGGCUCCGCCGCCGCCUCGAUAACCAAAUUCGAGCUCGACAACGACGUGAUAUCGCUCGACGGCCGAGACCCUCUCCGUACCGAGUCAGAACUUGACGACAAUGGCCGCACUAUCCGGGUUCGCAUCCGACGGUCUACAUCCUCCGCCCCCGAUCAGUCCACUCUGUCCCCCUCCAUAGCCAUCACCCCCAGAGCUUCCAACCUCUCCAACGCCGAAAUCUUCUCUAUCAACACCCCGGUAUCACUACUACCGCACGAUGCCUCAUUCGGGCACGCGGACCUCGCUAUUGGGUACCGCUCCGGGAGUCCCCGGUUAUCUGGAUACGCGUCGUCUGACGCCUACUCGCUCCAGCCGACGCCACGGGCCUCGAAUUUUAACGAGCUAGAGACGACCACGGCGACCACGGCUGCGAACACUCCUGUAUGGUCGAGGUCCCCAGUUGCCGGUAGGAUUUUCCGGCAGAAUUCUCCGUCGUUCUCCGGCUUGAAGAUGAUGUGGGAUUCACCAGGGAAGUCAUGUACGCAGGGGGAGAGACAAGGGUACAAAGAUGUCAUGGUUGCAGGGAAAGAAAUUAGCUUCAGAGACAUUACCAAAAUUCAAAUGCCGGAGGAAUUAGAAGCUGAUACCAAAGGAGCCGAACCGACCAUUCAAGCUGAAAUGCCACAUGCUUUUGUCAUGAUGAGGCUUAUACUCAUCGUUGUUGGAAGGAAGCUUUCUCGAAACCCAAACACAUACUCAAGUAUAUUAGGGCUUCUGUGGUCUCUAAUCUCAUUCAAAUGGAAUAUAGGGAUGCCCAAUCUGGUGAAAUACUCGAUAAAAAUAAUCUCAGAUGCAGGUCUUGGGAUGGCCAUGUUCAGUUUAGGGCUGUUCAUGGCUCUGCAGCCCCGGAUUAUUGCCUGUGGAACGAAAAGGGCGACCAUGGGGAUGGCUAUCCGCUUCCUUUCGGGCCCCAUUAUAAUGUCAGCCACGUCGGUUGCUGUUGGAUUAAGAGGUGUAGAACUACAUGCUGCCAUUGUACAGGCAGCUCUUCCACAAGGGAUUGUGCCAUUUGUCUUCGCAAGGGAAUAUGGAUUGCACCCGGACAUUUUGAGUACAGGGGUUAUCUUUGGGAUGCUAGUUUCAUUACCUGUAACUCUCCUCUACUACAUAUUUCUAGGUCUAUGAAGGGGAAGGAGGAUUAAGAUCAUGAUCAAGUUGGUCAUGCGUUUUCAAUAAAGCAUGAGGAGGAGCAUCCAAGGUAUUGUGCUCAUAGCAAUUAGUAGCAUGAAGCUGUUCAGCAACGUCUAAUUAGUACUAUGUCUCUCUACAAUUUCGUCAUAUAUGGUCGACCAUUCAUGUCCAUGGUUGGCCGGCCAUGAUGUUGGAUCGAUCUGGCCAAUUACAUAUUCAUGACAUGUCAUUAACGAGAUCAAUGCAAGGUUCUUAGGCUUUCCAUUAUUGUAAAACGCUGUUAAAAAUUGACUUUGCUUAGGGUGCAAUAUUAAUAUCAAAAGCCAUGCAAGAGAUUAGGGUCAAAAUUAGACUGUGACAGGUUGAUCUUAAUUAAAUAGGUCAUCAUGUUCUGGGUUACUAUCCUAGCUAGCACAUAGCUAGAUUAGUGGUAGCCGAAAGGGGAAAAAAAACAAAGAAAGGAACAUCAUGUGUACGAUGAUUUAGGUAGGACUAGCUAGGACUAGGAGAGCCUUAUUUUCUUCUUGAAUGGUGGGUACGUAAAGUUGUGCAACCAAGUAUGCUAGCUUUGAUGA